AUGUCGACCUCACGGGAACAAUCGGAAGGACACAGAACGCUACUCGAGAUUGAAUCACGGUUCAACGCGAAACCGCACGGUGUCGUUAUUGCCAUCCAGGGCCUACAGAUCCAAGCUUUAGCCAUGUUUACAGAUUUAUUCAAUCAAUUUCCUUAUCCUGUCGUUAUUAAUGCUGCCAUUUUAAAACUUGCUGAUUGGUUUCGAGCAAGCAACAACGUGAUCAAGUUUUAUAUAUACAAAGUGUUCAAGCUAGCCGAUCAGCAUUUGAUCAAGGUGUUCACUAUAGAGGAGGCUAUGCGACGUGUCUUGACUGUUUUAAACAGUAACGAUCCAGUUUCUCGAUCACUUGCUUUACGGGUAUUGGGUUGCAUGUCAGUUAUUAUUGCAGACAAGGUCGACGUUCAACAUGCUGUUUUACAACGUUUGGAAGAAACAUCAGAUCGAGCAGAAGCUGAAGCAGCUAUUUGGGCUGCCGAUAGAUUCUGUGCACAAUCAGCCCAGUUUUCGCCAACUGUGUUUUCCACUAUUGAAACAAAGCUUAGAGAUUUAGAAACCAACAUCAAUAUCAAGCUUCGCCUUGUGCAAUUGUUUCGGCAUAUGCAUCACAAUAUCGCAGUAGCACGACAGGCAAAAAGUGUAUGCGUCAAUCUGGUAGAACAUAAGGAAACGGACCAGCGGUUAGUAAUGGUGGCCUUACGGACGCUCAGUUUGUUGCUAAGUCAAGCUUUACUAGAUCGAAAGGAGCAGGUAUGA